AUGAUUUUGUAUUCAAGAAUAAGGAAAACAGUCAAGUUUCCUCCAGAUAAAAAUGCUCAGAAGACAGCUAUUAUGUUUUCUGUCAUUGGAAGAUCUGGUGGUAGCAUGAUGGAAUUAAAAAAUGGACAAUGUGAGGUAAAAAAAGUUUGCAAAUUAACAGUAGAUCGCCAUGAUGUUGUUAAGAUCACACUCACUACAGAGGAUAAGAGUCAUUCCCUUGGAAAAACUACAGUCCCAGUCGAAUGUUUUAGUUCUAAUACAAAAUGUAAAGCAGUACUAACAUUAAAUACUCGAUUAGAUUUUGAUCCGAUAUUCGAAUUUGAGUUUCACUUAGCUAAGAAGGAAGGCAAUCCUUUCCAUGCAGAUAAAGGAAACUUUAAGAAAGAUUUGAUUAAAGAGCCACCAGAGACAACAUUCAAGGAGAAAAUGAGAAGAGAAACAAUGCCUGCACCAGCUCCUGUUAGAGUUGAAAGAUCUUCUUCAUAUUCCUCUGAAGAAUCUUCAUCUGAAAGUGAAAGCUCAGAUUCUUCGUAUUCGCAAGAUGACGCACAUACACAAGUUAAUGUCAGACCUUUGGCAAGGCCAAUGCCUCCUAAAUCUUCAGCACCAAUACCAAAUGCAAAACCAAUAUCUCCAAGACCACCUUACGAUCCUCAAAUACACAUUUCAGAUUCAAAUAAAGUUAUUGAUCUAGAAAUACAAUGUCCAAUUAGUGCGUUAAGGGUUCCUCCCUUCAAAACUCUUUUAACGGAGGCAUAUUUGCCAUUACAACAAAAGAAUUUGUUUGACGGAUGCAUACAAACACCAGAAACAAUGCCACAGUUAUUUGGUAUGUAA